AUGAAGUUGACCUCCAUCUUCACGGCCGUCGUUGCCGCUCUGGCUACCACCGUCGUCGCCUCUCCUGUCGCAAAGCGUGACGGCGCCGCGGUCGUCAACACGGUCAAUGCCAUCUCCCAGCAGAUAACCGACCUCGACAACACCGUCAAGACCUACAACGGCGGACUCAUCACCGCCAUCAAGAUCCAGGUCAAGACCAGCAAGCUGACCAAGGGCCUCAAGACUGCCAUCUCCACUGUGCAGGAGUCCGCCAAAUUCAACGACCAGGAGUCACAGGCCGUCGCCGUUGCUUUCGUCAACCUGAAGCCUAAGAUCGAUACCGUCCUUGCAACCAUCGUCAGCAAGCAGCCUAUCUUCAAGAAGGGUGUUCUCGGCAUCUUCCCUCUCGACUGGCUGGUCAAGUACAACCUGAAGCAGCAGAAGGAUCUCUCCGCCAAACUUGGAGACGAGACCGUCCUGAAGCUGAACGAGCAGUUCGCCAAAUUGGCGCCAUUGAUCAAUGCUGCCAUCGCCGACGCGUUCACCAAAGCCAUUGCUGCAUUCUCUUGA